GCCGAGAGGGAGCGAGCGGGCUCGCCGCGCCUGAGCAACCCCUGCCUGUCGCUGCCGCUGCCGCUGCCGCCGCCGGCCCGCACUCGCCCGGAGCGCAGGGUGUCUGCUCAGCUGCGCGCGGCGCGCGGAGGCUCCGGCGUCCGCCGCUGCGCCCUCCAGCCCCUGCUCCUCGCGCCGGCCCGCGUGGGUCCCGGCGGGCGCGAACCCACCAUGCAGCUGCAGUUCCGGAGCUGGAUGCUGGCCGCGCUCACGCUGCUCGUGGUCUUCCUCAUCUUCGCAGACAUCUCAGAGAUCGAAGAAGAAAUCGGGAAUUCGGGAGGCAGAGGUACAAUCAGAUCAGCUGUGAACAGCUUACAUAGCAAAUCUAAUAGAGCUGAAGUUGUAAUAAACGGCUCCUUAUCACCAGCUGUUGUUGACAGAAGUAAUGAAAGCAUCAAGCACAACAUCCAGCCAGCCUCGUCCAAAUGGAGACAUAACCAGACGCUCUCUCUGAGGAUCAGGAAGCAAAUUUUAAAGUUCUUGGAUGCUGAAAAGGACAUUUCUGUCCUAAAGGGAACCCUGAAGCCUGGAGAUAUUAUUCAUUACAUCUUCGAUCGAGACAGCACCAUGAAUGUGUCCCAGAACCUCUACGAGCUCCUCCCCAGGACUUCGCCACUGAAGAACAAGCACUUUGGAACUUGUGCCAUCGUGGGCAACUCGGGGGUCUUGCUGAACAGCGGCUGUGGGCAGGAGAUUGACGCCCACAGCUUCGUCAUCAGGUGCAACCUGGCCCCUGUACAGGAGUACGCCCGGGAUGUGGGGCUCAAGACAGACCUGGUAACCAUGAACCCCUCGGUCAUCCAGCGGGCCUUUGAGGACUUGGUCAACGCCACGUGGCGGGAGAAGCUGCUGCAGCGGCUGCACAGCCUCAAUGGCAGCAUCCUGUGGAUCCCAGCCUUCAUGGCCCGGGGCGGCAAGGAGCGUGUUGAGUGGGUCAACGAGCUUAUCCUGAAGCACCACGUCAACGUGCGCACUGCAUACCCCUCGCUGCGCCUGCUGCACGCCGUUCGCGGAUACUGGCUGACCAACAAAGUCCACAUCAAAAGACCCACCACCGGCCUCUUGAUGUAUACCCUGGCCACACGUUUCUGCAAUGAAAUCUACCUCUACGGCUUCUGGCCCUUUCCACUGGAUCAGAACCAGAACCCAGUCAAGUACCACUAUUAUGACAGCCUCAAGUAUGGCUACACCUCCCAGGCCAGCCCCCACACCAUGCCCUUGGAGUUUAAGGCCCUCAAGAGCCUACAUGAGCAGGGGGCUUUGAAACUGACUGUCGGCCAGUGCGAUGGGGCCACGUAGGGUGGGCGCCCCAUGGGACUCAGUGGCUCACAUUUCCUGCCAGCUACACCACGGGCAGAUGGGAGUCGGGGUGGCACAAACAAUAGAACAAGCAGGCUAGUGGUUUUCUUUGUUAAAGUGUAAAACAGUGACCAGAAUAUAUAUAUCUAUACCUGCAUAUAUAUAUUGACCUGAGUAUUUAUAACUGUGUGGUGUUCAUCUAGCAUUAGGCAGAUAGGCCACCGGAAGAAGGUGUGGAGAACCCACCUGAACCAGAUUGAGACUCAAUCCAUCUUUGGGGGUGGAAGGACUUGACAUGAAAAGAAGCCAGUCCCAUGACUUUGGAUGACAAACUGCCUCCUGGCUUGGAGGGAUCUUUGGGCUCAUGGAUGAAUGGAGAGCCACCUGUUGUCAGCUGCCCCGAGCCUCUGGGAUAUGUGGAUUUGGGGAGAGGCAAGGCCCAGAGGGGACACUUGACCCAGUCUAAAGUGGGUGCCAUUCACGGAGGAGAGGGAGGUUGGAGAGGUCAACCGGGCAAAGGAGCACAAGGAAACCAAGCAGCAGAGGCCGCGUCGGCACAGAGGGUCUCGUUCCACGAACUUAGAGUUUGACUGCCCAAGGGACAACAUGAUUGACUUGCACAUUUCAGACAGGCCUCCACAGCUAUGGAGAGAACCCUAGAGGAGACACAAUGCAUGGUUCAUGUUCUGGCUUAGCAAGAGCCACCAAGAACUUUGGGUGAAGCAAGCAGAUGACAAUGAAGAGGAGUAAUGUUCCGAAUCAUGUUUUUGAAAAAUCAAGACCUCCUGUUAAGGGCCCACUUGACCCUAGAAUAAGGCAGGAGAAUGUCUAAAAUCUAGUUGUUUUGGGUGUUUUUUAAAGCAAUGUGAGUCCACUGAGGAGGAAGAGACCCUGGGAUUUCACCCUCUGGGUUAGUCUCUGUCUCACCCUGUUAGAAUGUCACGAGGGACUGUACUCUCCCCUCUGUCACCAGGGAAGCCACAAUAAGAGCUUGAAAGGGUGCUGUCAAGAUAAAUGUCAUCCUUCUUAAAAUAUAUAUGAUUGCCUUUUUGGGUGCCUCACAGAGCCCCAGAGUGUGAGACCUGAAAGAAUGUUCAGCACCUAGCUCCAUGUCCCUGCAACCACUCUCGCUUGCCUUCUGCAUUCUACACUCUGCGGGGCCUUUGCAGCCAGACUGCUGUGUCAAUGUCACUUUCUUGUCACUUUCCUACCCUGAUGGUCACACUAGCCCACACCAAGCUCCAACAUUGAGGUUUUCAACUCUGCAGGGAGAGGUUUCAAUGUCCACCCCACCCCCAGGCACCCGCCUCUUUCCACAGAAGCAAUUUUAGAAUUUUGUAAAAUUCUUUUCCCCUUAUUGAGAUUAAUAUUUAAGAUUUUUCAAAAAAAAUACCCAAAGCCAAAUGCAGUUCCAAAUAGUGGACAUAAUCUCCCAGGGCAAUCUGGGCUCUAUGCCUACAACUUAGGGGCUGGAAUCACAGGUCUCACAUAGAGAAAUAGCCAGCUUGAUUUGUUAGUUGUAUUCUUUCACCUGAUGAAUAACAGUGUUUUAAAACAUAUUUGAAAGAUAAGUAAAAAACUACUAUCUCGAAGGUGAAGGGAGUUAAGAAAAGUAAUCAAGACCUGCUCCUAAGCAUAUGAGACCGGAUGUAAUUAAUCAACGGCAAUGCAGAACAGGACCUUGGCUCUAAAUUAAUGGUUGACUGGAAGGGAGUGGAGGCAGCAGAACCAUUAACCCUACGCAAGAACACUCCAGCCCAAAACCAUGAGGAAAGCGAUGUAUCUCUGCAUUUUCCCUUGUUGUUGCUUGAAGUCUGUGAUUGGGGAUUUGCGUUAUAAAAUGAAUAUUUUAAAAAGCAACAGCCCUAAUAGCCUCUGUGGGAACUGAGUGGUUUCGGACUCCUCACAGGUGGUGGAAAUAAUUAGUACCAUAUUUUAUACAUCUCCAGAGCCUUUCAUCUUGAGGAUCUCAAAGACCCUAGGAGACAUUUAAUUUCUAAAGCUUGAAGUGCCCCGGGGAGCAGGUAGAAUUUCCAGCAGGGCCUCGGUGGAUUAUCCAAGGCCUUGGAUUCCAGAAUGUUUCAUGGUAAGCGCUGCGGAGAACCCACAUGUCAGGUUCUGGAGUUGGCCCUGAGCUCUACCCACCAAGCCAGCACCCCACCAUCCCUUUGCAGGGGAGUCAAAGGGCCAGAACUCUUUGGAGGACCAGAACAUGGUUUUCUUUCUGCCUAUCCUAGUCAUGGCUCCUAAAAUUGAAGCUGAUGUGAGCUGGAGUGCAAGGAGUCCUUCCACCCUGCCUUCAGGUUCUCUCUGGAGAAAGGUUAGAGACCCCAGGACAAUCAACAUGUGCACCGUUCCCCUCCUUGGCUUGAGUCCUGCACUGCCAAAAUGGCCUGGCCAUGUGAUGGCGGAGCUCCAGGGGCCUUGGCUUUCCCUGGCUCAUUGUCCUUCUCCAUCUGGGCAUGCACAGUCGGGGGCCAAUUGUCCUUCCCUGCCCAUUCAGAGUUCAAUUUGAGCCUCCACUUCAGUUCUGGUGUGGGCCAGCUGGUGUUGGGUGGCCCCAGGGAGUCACACAGCCUGUACCCGGCCCCCAGAUCCUCUGCUGUAACUGCAGGGUCACAGGCAUCCCGGGAGAAUGAGCCUCCAGCCUCAGCCGGCCCUCACUGCUGACAGGCGCCCCUCUGUCACCUCCUGCCACCUGUCAGAUACCCAGUCCGCCCGCCAUCAGCCACCCGAGUGAUUCCGACCUCCAUUCGCCUCAAGCCCCAACAGGCCCCCGUCAUUCUACUUCAUGGAAGAGACAGAGCCUUCUGAAAUGAGAUCUGCCCUUAAAAUCUCUUCUCUUCUCCUUCCCCUUUCUGAGGAAACAUCAUCCCCACCAGUUACGUUUCCUGUACACCGUCACCCUCUCUCCUCCACCUCUGUCGCCUCUGCACAUCAGCGCACGCUGACUCCACCUGGGCUGGCUCCUGCAGCCUCUUCCCUUACCUCCUCCACCAGCCCCGGGAAGGGCCUCCAGCACCCACGACUGCCCUUCCUCUUGAUGCCCCUUGGCUUCCCCCCAGCUCCUAGCAGCAGCAUCCCAGUGCCUCCACAUUGCCCCUCUCACCUCCCAGCUCUCCACGCCACUUGGCUCUGCAGCGACCCCUCCUGGACGCUCCCUGGCCCCUCGGCACCCAGAAUGCCAUGUUCUUGUGUUUUUUUCCUCCUUUCCCAAUCCCUCUCAGCCAUGUAUUUAUUUAUAUAUGUAUGUAUUUAUUUAUUUAUGAUUUAUUUAUUGACACCCCUACUUUGAUUGACAAAGGAAUCAAGGUAGAUCUGACCAGUAUUCCCCUCUCUUCUCCUUGUCCCACCACGUGGACAUGCCUUACACUGGCGUCCUCUCCUGGGUCCCUCCGCACUCUCCAUCAGCAACCUCACACCUACCUUCAGACCCAGCUGCACCUUCCUAAUCUGCUCCUGCCCCAACUCCUCUCUGCAACCCAGCCCUCUCCUGAGCUCUAGGCUGGGAUUCCACCCGCUGGAGGGACACUCACCCCACCUGCUCCCACGGCAGCACCAUCAACUCGAAACGUCAGAAGCCAAGUGGAUCAUCUGUGUCCCCUUCCCCCACAAUCCCUCCUUUUUCUACUAAAAGACCCGUGAUCCCAUCAGCCACCCAGUCUGAGAUGCUGACGUUAUCUUCGACUAUUCUCCCAUGUCCUGCCUUGCUAAUUCUUCUUGCUAGCACUAACCUCGCCUCUUUACUUGUCACUUGGACUAUUUCAGCAACAGUCUCAUCUCCCAGAUUACCUCUGUGCACACUGACACAUUGUCCCAUCCAUCCUGAACACGCACAGUGAUUUUCCUCUCCCGUUGCACACAAAACUUUAAAAGUUCCCGGCCCAUGAACAAAUGUACAAUUCUCUAUUCUGACAUUACAGACCACCAGAUAAGGCCCCAUUCUUCCUUUUACACCCUCCCCUGGUCAGCCUAGGAGAGUUGUUUCUCCUGGAAAGGGUGCCUGUGUUUCACUGUCUCUGUGCCUUUGGUCUUGCUCUUCCCAUCCCCUGGAAUGCUCCCUUUUCUUCCCUUCAAAGCCCAUGCAGAAACCACAUCCUUCAUGAAGCCCUCCCUGAUGUACCAACCACUGGGAUCUCUCCCUCUGCUGAACCACCGUAGCACUUUAUUUGUACCUUUCUCAUGGCACUUACCAUAUUCUGCCUUGUAUUAUAGUUAUUUGUGCACUUGUCCUAUAACUGUUCUUAGACUGUAAGCUCGCCAAGGGCAGGGACUGUGUUUUAUUCAUCUGUAUCCAUCACAGCACUAGGCGUGGUGCAUAGCACACAGCAGUUGCUCAAUAAAUGUUUGUUGGAUUAAAUCCUUAAUGCCUGUAGAGGGCUUUAUACUUAAGGAAGUCAUUUUGCGUCUGUAAUAUCACAAGAACCUCUGAAAAAUCAUGUGGGUUGGACCAAAGCAGAAAUCAUUAUCCCCAUUGUAUAGGUCAUAAAACUGAGGCCAAAAACCUGCAUGAAGCUUCAUGGCUUCCUGGUAGAAUGUUCUUCCAGGUCUUCUCAUCCUCACUUCAGGGCUUUUUCUGUUCAUCUUUGUGGUUGGGUCACUGUAAACUGAAAACUAGCCCUAUGCAGAGGCCUAGACACAGAGACCCAGCAAACCUCAGCAUGAACCCCAUCAACACAGGCAAAAUCUCACUCCUUUCUGGGAAGGACAAAAGCCAUUUGGGUUUUACAAGGCCUGGGAGGUGGAGCUGUAGGACCCCAUCAAUCAUUCCCACUGCUGUUGUUGAGGGUAGGAAACCAUCCUUCCAGAUGGCAGGGAGACCAACAACUCCAGGGGGCUGCUUUUUGAUAAAUCUCUUCAUGCCUAAUUAAGGCUCCCUCUCCAGAAUGAAUGGAAGAGGAUGUUCACUGAUGCCAGUCAGCUGGGACUCCAGACAUGUGUACUGCCUCAUGAAUGUCCUUAAUGGUAUCCCCAGUGACACUGACAGUCUGCCCCAGCCUCUGUCUCUCACCAACACUGCCGAAUGUCAUCUCUUCUCAUCUUUAUCUCUAUUCUUUGCUUCCUGUCUUCAGGGCUCUUCCCUUGGCAUUCACCAGGAGCAGAGUGAACCCAGAGAGCUGAGUGGCAUCCCUUCUUCUUGGGUCCCUGAGCCCUGACCUGGAGCAAUGCCGUGAGAUAGCAGGAAAGGAGGGGAGUGUGGAGUGGGGAGCACUGUAUGCCACU